GUUGUGGUCCGGAAACUUGAUGGUGGCGUUUUGGUGGGUGUGUUUGUUAUGCUUGACGAUCUUGGGUUUUCUGGCCCUCUGAUUGUCCUUUUCCUUGCUUUUGCGCUUUGGUUCUCAUCUGUCUCCUCUAGCACCUCCAUCGUCGGUGUUGGUACCCACGUGGUGUCGUCUUGUCUCAAGAUUCUGGUGGCCUCUGCUGGACUCAGAGAUAAUGCCGUUUACGGGCAGUUGGCUGAGACGAUCUUGGUCAAUGAGGACAUUUCGAUAUCCUGGGUGACUCGUAAGAAGAGAAGCCAAUGGCGAAUAGCUUCUUGACGAACGCGAAAUUGACGAUGAGAUUGACGCACCAUAUGGGGCUGAUUAGUCUCGUUGGCUGGACGAAGGAUAAUUACGCGGCCAUGUUGUCAACUUCUUCUGUGACACAGACAGUCUGUAUUCGCAGCUCCCUUUUUU